AAAACCGAUUCCUGGGAAUCUUGAUCGUUCUUGAAAGAGCGUUUGACGAUGAACAGAGACGACCCAGAUGUCGUCGGCGACCGCAGAGCCUACAAUAAUCUUACGGCCGAAGAAAAGAUGGAGAUCAACAGUAGACUCCGCCGAAUCUUUAGAAGAAACGAUCCUCCUCUUUCAGUCUUCUUCUCGAUCUAUUUCCGGAUUAAGCAUGUUAUCAGAGAGUGUAUUCGGAGGGGAAUGACCCAAGAACAGACGCUCGCAUAUAUGCAGAACAAAUUCCGCGGGCUCUCUCCUGUCUACACCCGAAUUUUUUGGACGUCGCUGCAUCAGCCGAUCGCAAGAACCGCUGAGAGCCCGGAUGAGGAAUUGAGCUUGAUCACGCUUCGGAUGUCGAACGAGCAUACGACAGACGCACGAGGGCAGGUGCCGAAUGAACAACGACGUCUUCUGAGGCUAACAGAACUGACAUGUCGAAUGCAAGAACGACUUCUUCAGCGGCAGACGCAAGAACCUCAAGUCCCGAGCCCUUUCCUCGCUACAAUGCCUGAAAACCCUUCUCCUGCUUCUGCUCCCGGAGGCAAUGCGCAGCGGACUCAUAGACCGAGUUACAGUCAACAGCAGCAGCAGCAAGAUGGAGUCGGAGCUAUGAAUCUGCAACAUGGAGCGAUUCCCUACGUGAUGCAAUCUGAAGCACGAGCUUAUCACCGACCGGCACAGCGUCCACGUCUUAGUGGACCCACCCCAAUCCAAGAGCGGCAACCGCAACCGCAACCACAAGCGAGUGAUCAUGGUCAUGGAACCAGCCAUCAGCAAGAUGAGCAACAACAAGAGGGCAGUGGAGAGUCUCUUACAUCUAAUUGAAAGGAUGAUCAAACAAACAGAUGAUAUUCUUACAUCUGAAAAAAAAAACAUUAAUGUCGUAAUCAUUUCCUUCAUCAUGUAAUGGAGAAAACCAACUGAAACUCGUGUCGCCAAAGAUUUUAACAGAGAAAACCAGUCCCAA